AUGCAACAACUGUCAUUUCUUGAGAGUGAGGAGGGUUCAGAAGAUGAUGAGGUCGACUCUUUGGACCACAAAAUGACAAACGAGGCCAUGGUGGGAACGUCAGCAGGAGGACUAUCCAAGAGUGGAAUGGGAAGAGCAGCUGCCCUCGGGAUGGAUGUAGGACCAAUGGAAUCCAAUGCCACAGAGCACUUGCAAACCAAGAGUCGCAGUUCUCCGUUUCAGCCAUCCUUAAUUUUCAAAAUGAAAAUGAGAAGUUUGGCGAAGAAAACAAAAGAAACAAGGGAGCUCUUGUCAAGCAAAACGAAAUUCGGUCGCACUAAACCUACAAGACACAACGACGAGAGUCUUACCAGUCAUGAAAUACAACCUAUUUUAGCAGAGCCACGAUCCCACAAACCGCAAGGUGCAGAUUUGUUCUCUAUCGAUGCUCUAGCAUCCCAACGAUCUUGCGGAACUUCGUUGGUGAACAAAUUGGGUAUGGCCACAGACGUUUCGUCAUAUUUAGUGCAGCAUGGUAAUCAGUCGUCACAAUUUUCACUUGGUUUGCAGGAUUCUCUCGAUCAACAAUGCGACCCUGUAGAAAAAUAG